AUGGAAUACAGAAAGCUUCUCCGCGAUUAUCAACUUGGAAAGUUUGAAGAAAAAGCAGCAGGCGUACAGGCAAGCCAGCCUGUUCCAUUUGCAUCUACGCGAUUAUUAACUGAUGAGUCUGAUGCUGGUAACGCCACUAAUGCUGCCAACGUCCAUAUUGACGACCGAUUCACAGAAGUUGCCUACUCCGAAGGUCGUUAA